UAAAAGCGAGUUGUUUUUAUUUUUGGUUUCUAUUAAUAUUGCUGCUAAACUGCCACGGAGAUGUUUAAAUAAAAUAUCAUGGACAAAUCUUCUUUGUAUUCAUUACUUAACGAGUUAUUUAGUGCAAAUAAUGUUUAUUUGCAGAGGGAGAACUUGCAAAGUUUUUUGAAAGAAAAUAUGUGGAGGCGAGUGAAAAUUUGGGAACUUCUUACGAAAAAAUGCUCCAUUACUUAGGAAGUAGUGUGGAAGGUUACUUUUCCACUACGGAUGCAGCGGAAUGGAAGUACAUAUUGGUAACUCUAUUUACUUUAAAAAAAUUUGCGGAAGAGGUUGAAAACUCUGGCGAAAUUCUAAGCGUUAAAGAAAGCAAAAACCUGAAAGCCCACAUUAAUCAGUUGACGAGAGUUGGCAUUAAUUCAAAGCUGCAACCUUGUUUACCUCUUUAUGUAAAAGAGAAAUAUACAAAAACUGAUGAUAUUUUUUAUGAAUACAAUAUAAUGAAGUCAACUGUUUUUGCACUUUGUGAGCUAAUAAGUUAUCCAUGCCUCAGGACUGCAAUUAUCACUCAAUCUUUGAGGAGUCUCCUGGUAGCAUUAUAUCAAAUUUCCUAUUGCCCAUUGAAAAAGAGCAACCUUCAGCUAACGCAAGCAAUUUGGGACAGGCUCCAAAGUGAUAGAGAGAUAGGAAUUUGUUUUCUGAAAAGCCUUAGAGAGGACAUUCUUCCCUCCAUUUAUGUAAAAGAAACUAUGACUAUUGUGGGAGAAAAGUCACCACCUUGGUUUAAAAGGGCCUUGUCUCGAACCCUCACUGAUAUAUUGUACAGCGCCAAUGGUUUGGAAAAUAUUUCAAUAGCCAUGUUAGAUGGUAGUACAAAUGACAAUGGCGACACUUGGAAAGCUUUGGAUAUAAUAUCCCGGCUUGUAUUAAGUUGUAAAGAAAACGAGAACUUUAAAAGCACCAUCGGUGAGCAAUUGUUCACGAUGUUAAAUAAAACUCGUCACGGUAGUUUGUUAUACGAAAGAGUGUUUAUCAGCUGCGUUCAAGCAUUGUAUACCCAAGACGAGGUGUUGGGAGAGUUUUUUCUGGGAAAAAUUGUGGGCAGACUUGGCGACUACACGAACUUCAAGUCUAAACUCCCAGAAGCUGAUUUGGAGGUUUUAAUUCAGCAAAAUGUGAGGUUAGUGCACUCGCUGUUCAUCGAAAACACCGUAAAUUGCAAACCUCCGCCUCUCGGCAUAUUAACCCCAUUCCUAGAUGUGAUCUUUCGAUUUUAUUGCAUAACUUCUGGAUCCGCAUUUAAAACGCUUGCCAAAGAAACCAAAGAGAUAUUACUUAAAUGUUUUUCUGAAUCCAGUGGUGUCUUGUUUGAAAUUUUCGAUGGGUUAAUAUUUCGCAUGCAUGGGCCCACUUUACCAUUUAGGAGCGACAUAUUUUUGGUGAUAGAGGGCCGGUCUAUUUCGUUAAGCUAUCCAGGAUACUCUGUAAUAUAUUCUGUGGCCGAAAAUUUGGAAAACUUGUUUAAACUAAGCGAGGAUAAAAUAGAAGUUUUAUAUAAAUUCUUCAGGUACCUGCUGCAUUGUAUCGUAUACUCUGAUAAGUAUUUCGAAAAACCCUUAAAAGGAAGGUUAGGUUUGGAUGAAAAAACGUGUAUGAGCGUGUUCGAAGAAAACUUAAUGGUGUACAAGUUGUUGUCGGACUUGUCGGAAAACAAAUCUAUACAGGAGAAACUUGUCGAAUGUCCGGGCGACAUAAUUAAUUUUGUCGAAAGCGUAUUACAGAAAAGCAUAAAAGACAACAUCCAUAAAGGCGACAGGGUGGAAUCUAACGAGUUUCAGUCGCUGUUUGUCGUAAUAAUGGUUUUGCACGCUCUCGUUUCGAACGAAUCCAUUCGAACUGCUUGCGAGCGGGAAACGCUUGUCGAUCGCCUGCGACUGAUUGCGCACGGAACAAGCAAUGCCGAACUGUCCGACCUAAUUCAAAAAAUUUUACUUGCCUGUAACAAAUCCUCACCGCCUGCGCCAAGUAUAUCGCCGAUUCCCGAAAAGCAAACCGAAUUUGAACGGGCGCUCGCGGAUAUCUGCGAUCCGUUGUUGCCGGUUAGAGGACAUGGCUUGAUGACCAUGAAAAAGUUAAUAGAAAAGAAAGACCCGCAGGUUGUAAACAGGAAACACUACGUCAUUAACAUAUUGCAACAACACCUGAAGGAUGCGGAUUCCUUUAUAUAUUUGAGCGCCAUCGAUGGUCUCGCGUCUAUGGCGAACAUGUUUCCCGACCUGGUUUUGCAAAUUUUGUGCGAGGAAUAUUCCGAGUUCGCUCGACAAGAGGACGAUCACGAGACGAGGAUAAAAUUGGGAGAGUCGCUGGUCAGAGUUAUAAAACUUUUGGACGAAAUGGCGCCCAAAUACAAAGCGCUACUCUUAAAUACCUUCCUGAACGUUUCCAAACACGAGGAUUACUUAGUUCGCGCCUCCAGCUUAUCGAAUUUGGGAGAAGUGUGCCGGGUGUUGGGCUACAAAUUGGGUACGAUGGUUACGGAGAUUUUGGCAUGCGUCCACGGAGUCAUCGCCACCGAUAAAGCUGCGGACGCUCGAAGAGCGGCUGUUACCGUUUUGAGGCAGCUAUUGGUCGGACUAGGGGCUGAUUUUGUGCAGUUCUUAAAGGAGGAGAUUUUGCCCAUCUAUAGGACGCUGAAGAGCGUUUACCAAAGCGACGCCGACGACGUAAUGAGGUUGCAGGCUCAACUGGCGCUCGAAGAACUCGACGAGAACACUAGAAAUUUCUUGUUCUCUGAACCGGUGUUAAAUUUGGACAAACACGCGAUCAAAUUUAGUUAGAUCGACGCGAUACAGGGACCAGCAACCAAGAAUAAACAACGAAAAAUACAAAUGUUUACGUAUAAUAUAAAAUUUAUAAAAUAAACUUAACAACUUUUUGCCCUCCUCCUU